UCGUAGUUGGCAAGGGAACUGGUAGGGCUGAGGGUGACCUCACACUCCCGCUGAUCCCUGCACGCUUACCCCACGGUGGGGUUCCGCUUCCGCUCCCAAAAAUUUCCAGUCGCAAACAUCUUCAAGAUACGACUGGACCUUCAUAUAGCAAACACAAUGUCUGAAUCUCUCCGCGUUCUACUUGUCGGCAACGGCGGCCGCGAACAUGCCAUCGCCUGGAAACUCCUACAAUCGCCCAAGAUCGAGCACAUUUACGUCUGCCCCGGUAACGGCGGUACCGCGACGCUGAACAGCAAAGUCACCAACGUAACAGAUGUAAAGGACACCGACCUUGCCGGUCUCGUCAACUUCGCAAAGGAGAAGAAUGUCAACUUGUUAAUACCAGGACCUGAAGCACCACUCGUAGCAGGCAUUGUCGACUACUUCCAGGAGAAUGGUCUCAAGAGCAUCAAGGCGUUUGGACCAAGCAAGGCUGCCGCACGUAUGGAGGGCAGCAAGACAUUCAGCAAGGACUUUAUGAAGCGACACAACAUCCCCACCGCCGCGUACGAGAACUUCAGUAAAUACGACGACGCAAAAGCGUACCUCGACUCCAUCUCACACAACGUCGUCAUCAAGGCUUCGGGUCUGGCAGCAGGCAAGGGUGUCAUCAUACCACAGACCAAAGAGGAGGCACAUGCAGCGCUCAAAGACAUCAUGCUGACACGAGAAUUCGGAACUGCGGGUGACGAGGUUGUCAUUGAGGAGUUUUUGGAGGGCGACGAACUAUCAAUCCUUACGUUCAGCGAUGGCCGCACGAUCAAGUCCCUACCACCAGCACAAGACCACAAGCGUAUCUUCGACAACGACGAGGGACCGAACACUGGAGGAAUGGGAACGUACGCGCCAACACGCAUCGCGCCCAAGGACGUACUCGAGCGCGUAGACAGGGACAUCCUCCAGCCCACCGUUGAUGGCAUGCGAUCCGAAGGCUUUGAGUUCAAGGGUGUACUAUUCACUGGACUUAUGAUGACCAAGAACGGACCCAAGGUAUUGGAAUACAACGUUCGUUUCGGCGAUCCAGAGACACAGAGUUUACUCGCGCUCAUGGAAGGCGAUCUUGCUGAAGUCAUGGCUGCAUGUGCAGACGGACAGUUGAAGGAUGUGGACGUCAAAGUCUCGAGCAAGAGUGCGGCGACGGUUGUUGUAGCUGCAGGUGGAUACCCUGGAAGCUACGCAAAGGGCACAGUCAUGAAGUUGGAUGCUGUGCCAGAGGAUGUCGUUCUUUUCCACGCUGGAACUUCUUUCUCCGACAACACACUCAAAACAGCUGGUGGUCGCGUCAUCGCAUCGACAGCCACUGCGCCGACACUGGAGGAGGCUGUUGCGAAGGCUUACAAGGGCGUGGAGUGCAUACACUUUGACGGCAUGCAGUACCGCAAGGAUAUCGCGGGCCGAGCACUGAAGAAGUAGAGAGAAUCCAAGGAAAUUAUAUGGCGUUCAAGGCGGGCAUACCAGAGACUUGCGGUCAAAAGAGAAGAUGCGCGUAACACGCUAGGUUAUAGUCGGGCAUUCGAUGGAUGACGAGAAUACAAUCUUUCAUGUUUGAGCUAUACUACGGGCUACCGAGACUUUGAUUGCAGUGUACCUGCCCAUCGAUUUAGCUCAAAAGCAGAUAAGGUAGCCUAUACGCUCCGGUAAAACACGAUGUCUUCCUAGACA